AUGGCCGAAGGAGAUUAUAAAAUCCCAUCGCGCAGUGGUUAUCGUGAUCGGAUGCAGCAAUCAGAGCAACAAGGUGGCAAUCCGUUGGUCAAUGAAGAAGAAUUAGCAAGUAAAGCACUGCAUAUCCAAUCAAAACGUUUCUAUUUGGACGUUAAACAAAAUCAACGUGGUCGAUUUUUAAAAAUAGCUGAAGUUAGCUCCGGUGGUCGUAAAACUCGUAUAUUAAUGUCAAUGAAUGUUGCACGUGAAUUACGCGAGCAUUUACAAACCUUCGAUGAAUACAUUCGUACAUUAGGCGAACAAAUGAUGAAUGCAGAUCAACUUCGAUCAGCUGUUAUAUCGCGUGACGAUCGAAAAUAUUACCUUGAUUUGAAGGAAAACGAGCGUGGAAGAUUUUUACGUAUUUCUAUGGUUGGCAUUCAUACACCCCGAACACAAAUUGCCAUACCAGCACAAGGUGUAGGAGAACUCUGCACAACCUUAGCAAGUCUUGUUGAAGAAUUUGGAAAUGAUGAUGAUGAUGAUCAUGACAGUAUCGAAUCGUUACCUGCAAUACAACCUGCACAAUUACCGGAAAGUAAAUAUCUGCAUGUUGGUAAUAAAAAUUUCUACUUUGAUUGUGGCUCAAAUGAUCGCGGCAUUUUCUUACGCAUAGCGGAAGUUCGUCCUAAUUUCCGAACAGCAAUUACAAUACCAGAAAAGGUUUGGUCUCACUUUCGGGAUAACAUCAAUGAAUUUAUUCUUACAAUGAAUAAUGAACGUCGUAGUUCGUUGAAUACUGGUGAAGAUUCGCCCAGCGGUGCAGACAAAGAGACACAAUAA